AUGGAGAGCAGAGUCUGGCCCCGUGUCCCGGCCACGUGGCGUCCCCUGGGGCCAGCUGGGCAGGCGGCCCACCACUCUGCCGCAGCGAGCAAGCGGUGGAGGCGGCCUCAGUCUGGGCUGAUGGGCCAGGAGGCUGCACCCACGCACACGCUCCUGCCCCGCGCUCUACAGCGUCCCCCCCACUGCUCAGGAUCCCUCCAGGAUGCCCUGGUGUCCACCAGACAAAGGAGGAAACUGAGGCUCGGGACGGCGGGGACCCGGGUCAGCACACUCAGCCGCCUGAUGCCCACACUGCCUACUCUUGGGACCCAUCCCCGUGGCGACCCCGACCCGGGCCUGGAGGAGAAAGCGGGUGUGGGUCCCAUCUCAGCCACUGCAGCCCCUGGGAGGAUGCGGCGGGGGGCGGGGGGCUCCACAGAGCUCCGUGGUUUAUUGACCAGAGGCAGCCAUCGAUCUGUUAAGAGCUUCUGCACUUCCCUUCGGCCCCUGGCCCUCUCGUCACGGGAACCUGCCAUCUCUGCGACCCUUCUGGGGGCCCUCCGGAAGUGCAGGCCCAGAGCCCCGCCCUUGGGUGCCCCCGCCCGUACCCUGACCCUGCGCUCCUCCCUGUUUGGGGGUGAGGACGCCCACAGCAGCCUCCAGCAGCGGGAGCUCUGCACCGUCCCGGGCUCAGAGGGAGAGCGACCUGUGCGCUGUGGUCCCCACAUCCUGGACCUGCUGACCUCGGCCUCGCCUCCAGGCCCCCCGGCCAAAGCCAGUGCAUGA